UUCCCGGCACACACUGCUCACUUAUCGAUCUGGAUGUCGAUGAGACCGGCACUAUUCGAUUCAGCCUUCCAGACAAAGCGUUUUACAGAUGUAUCAUGCUACAGAUGGGUUGAACAUUGUAAUUUAAUGCAUUUGUUGCUGUACUUAUUGUAAGAUUUUAUGUCAGGUGACUGCCUUCCACAAUAGUUAUACAUAAAGCCCACGACGCUUUGUUGUUAUCGCAAGUAAAAAUUUCUCCCGGAUAAGAGAGUUCGACAGAAAGAUUAUCGGAUAAUACGAGUGUUAAUACGCUCACCGUUUUUUCGGUUUUGAUCAUGACUACUCAGGUUGUUCCUAUGGUACCCGUUCCCGUUCCAAAAACCGUUCCAAUUUAUCCGCGCGUUCUGCCAUUACUAGGCAUACUGCAGUCCGUUGUAGGCCUCUGCCUGGUGGUCUGCCACAGUAUCGCAUAUGGCCAGGGCAUCACGGCUGUAAUGGGCUUGGGAUUUUAUCUGGGUGUGUUCCUUUCCUUCAUCGGGCCGAUCGUGUACAUUGUCGGCAAAUGCAUGGUUACGGGAGAUCGAACGUUUGUGUCUAUAUUCCUGACUAAAUGCGCGAUUCUCAGCGCAUGCGUCUUUUUGGGAGCCCUAUUUAUCCUGGUGCUAUCCAAGACGGCAGACGAUUUCUCACACCCUAGUCGUGAUAAUAAUCCAUGUCUACCAAAACAGAAAGAUUACGACUGGGUAUCACUGCUUUCCUGGUCCAGAACGACGACCACUACGACCACUACGACUACUACACCUGAUCCUUUGAAAUCAGUGGAGUGUAUAAACUUUAUGCGCCAGAGUGCAAAUUUAGCAGCCGCUAUCAACGUCUUUUUGGUUUUUGGAUUGAUAGUGGGUCUUUGUGCGUCUAUCGCAUCUAUAGUUUACUGUUGCUCCAUUACAAAUAGGUGACAUCAUUCAUUUGUGUCGAAAGAAUUCCCGAAGGUCAUGAUGGAGAGAACCGAAGGAGCCUUUUUUUUACUAUCAUUAUAAUAACAGCCGUGCUCAUCAUUGUGUCAGUCCGCGUGUUGCUGACUAAGUCGUCGUGCUAUCCCGUAAAGCGUCAACCGACUGAUUAAUCAGGAAUCAGAAAUCGUUCUGUGUGCACCUCUUGCCCUUUCCUCACGCCUCCGCAAUUAGCGAUAUGGGAACAGCCAACGUCUGGCUGCAAAAUCUGGCAAGUGGGGUCGCUGAAUCGUCGUCUUAUGCGGCGGCAUGAGAAGAAUUACACAGUGUCUGCCAUUAACUACAAUCACUCAAUUUUUUGCUCGCAAAGUACCGCCUUGUGUUAAUUGUGGCGUGCCGACUCUGCUUUCUGGUGCUCUCUCGCUGACUAAAAAAUUGUAAUAGUUUUUACCAUCGUUUGGUUAUCGCCUCAUAUGUUCUCAAAACUUGCCGACUAUGAUUGUGGCGUUGUGCGGUGAAAAUUUAAAUAAUAAAAUCUAGGGGUCACAGGCAGCAUGGAUAUAGCCUGCUCUCACUCUUACGACCUACGCUAAUUUAUUAAUGUAGCAAAUUCAAAGUCAAAAUGUAAGCCAUGAAAG